GGUAAGAAAAAUUUCUCUACAAAACGUGCAUGUGCUGGAAAGAAAAGAACUGAAAUAUAAACUUUAUUUAUGUGCAAAAUAGACUUACUUUGAACAUUUUUCUAAUGUAUUUUUAAAUAUUUAUUCGUUGUGUAUUGAUUUGAUCAUUAAAGAUUAUUUGCUCCCUUUAAAUUCUAAGUCAUGGUCAUGGAAACUCCUAGUCCUCAGUGUGUUGGCCGUGAAUUUGUGAGGCAGUACUAUACCUUGCUUCAUGAGGCCCCACUGCACCUUCACAGAUUUUACAGUCAUAAUUCAAGCUUUGUUCAUGGUGGUGUAGAGAAGCCUGGGGAAGAACAGCCCCCUGUGAUGGGUCAAGCAGACAUUCAUAAGAAGAUUAUGUCUCUAAACUUCCGAGAUUGCCAUGCUAAGAUCCGCCAGGUGGACAGUCAAGCCACAGUUGGCAAUGCAGUCGUUGUGCAGGUGACAGGAGAGCUGUCAAAUAAUGGUCAGCAGAUGAGAAGGUUUAUGCAGACAUUUGUGUUAGCACCUCAGUCACCAAAGAAGUACUAUGUACACAACGACAUUUUCCGUUACCAGGAUGAGGUUUUCCAUGACAAUGAUACUGACACUGAGAACCAGGAAGAUGCCCAAGACUCUGAGGGUGAGAUUAAUGAGCCAGUUGGUGUCCAGCAGGACCUGUUGACAGAUACACAACAGUUCUUUGAUGCACAUGCUCCAUCACUCAGUAACGGCACAGGGAUGUUAGAGGAGGAGCAGGUCGAGACACCCACUUCGCCAAAGUCUGAGCCCGAGGAGCCCCUGGAACCCGAGGAACAAAUUACCACUCCAAUUGAGACAUAUGAGCCUGUAAAAGAAGAGCCCAAAGUGGAGCCCAUGCAGCCUGAAGAACAGCCACAAGUAGAUGAGCCAAGAAAGCCAUUUUCCUGGGCUGAUUUAGCCAGCAAGGGCACUUCAAAUCGACCAGUUUCACAGCAGAUGCCAGCACAAGCCCCACAACAGAACAUAAAACCUUCAGGGUUUGGCACUAGACAGGACAUGAAACAAGACACAAGCCCAACGGCUCCUAAAGAACAGAGAGCCCCAAGAGGUGGCCGUGACCGUUCAGAUCGUGGUCGUGACAGGGACCGUGUCAGUGUGACACGCGAAGAUGGUGAAAACAUCUCCGACAGACGAGGUGCCAGAUACCCAGACAGUCAUCAGUUGUUUGUUGGAAAUUUACCACACAAUGUAGCAGAAAAGGAAUUGAGAACAUUUUUUGAAGACUUUGGCACAGUUGUUGAACUGCGUAUCAAUACAAAAGGUGGAAGUGGCAGUAAGAUACCUAACUUUGGUUUUGUAGUAUUUGACAGUCCUGAACCAGUACAAACUAUUCUUCAGAGUAAGCCAAUAAAGUUCCAUGAUCACCGUUUAAAUGUUGAGGAGAAGAAACCACGAGGAAGUGAAGGUCGUCCUAUAGGCAGGGGUCCCCCUCCACGUUCUGGAAGUGCCGGCACAGGUGGUGGGGGAUAUGGUAGCCGUGGAGGCAGUGCCGGACGUGGUAUGGGUCCGAGAGGAGGUGGUGGACCUCCAGGAAUGAGAGAUGGGGGUAGAGGUGGCGGUGGAGGGAUGGGUCAAAGAGGUGGGAUGUCUGGCCCUCGCCGUUGAAAAGAGUAUAGUGAUGGUGCUUAGUUCAGUGUAGAAAGUAUGCAAUUCUGAGAAAUGUGAGGACAUAUCAUUAUUGUCACCUAGUGUCCAACAUGACAGCAAAAUUGUACAAAUACAGAUAACCACCUAGCCGUAACGUCUAGCUGCAUUAUGUGUGAUAGACAUGUUCGUGAAGCUGGUUGUUUUGUGAGGAUUUAAACAAAUAUUUAUGUAAACUCUUAUUUAUUUCAACCUUGAUGACUCAGACACCAUGUUGUGACAACAGGACUAGGAGUUACCAUGAUCAGUGUGAAUUCACAAUUCACAAAAGGGAGCUUAAUAAUUAAUGUGCUAUUUUAUACAGAUGUUGGAGUAAUAAUUUAUGCUAACAGUUUAUCAUUGACAUUGUACAUAAAAACUUGUUCAUUACACAAGCAUUCUGGUAAUACCGCGUCUCAUUUCCUCGUUCUGUUAUCAUCCUUGUGUUUAUACACUCGGUUCUUGUGUACAUGGUAAGAGUGAAUUUUAAUUCGCUCGGUCUUUGAAUACAUAGUUGAGUGAAUAUUUUAGGUAUUUCUGUUUGAAGAAUGAGGUGCUUUUUGAAAGCAGAAUUGCAUAUUUUCAGUCCAUAUGUUAAAAAAAGUGUGAACUGCAAAAAAAAUAUCUUUGCCAAAGUUUGUGUCAAGAUUUAGUAUAGAUGUUCAUCACUUUUAGUAUCCAUAUUUUUUUCAAUAUGAAUUGGGGGAAAACUGCUUAAAAAGUUUGAAUAAAAUUUAAUUUGACAAUUUUUCAUGAAGGAAGGUUGUUCAUUAUUUACUUGAUUUAAAAUUAAUUUACCCCCAUACUUUUCGCAAGAAGCUGGAAGCAUAAGAAUCAAAAUUUAUGUUAUAACAAGCCUGUUUUUAAUGUUCGUUUGUGACCAAUGUUUUGUAAGUGAUAAUUCAUGAAAGAUUAUUGUUUGAAACAUGCUGAAUACUCGUGUUUUUAUACAUUUGCAUUUAGAACUUUCCGUGUAUUACCAAAAUGUGGCAAUAGUAUUACCUUGUAUAUGCAAAUUCUGUCUCGACCACUCUUGUUUUAUUUCUUGGGGUAUGUACGGUUGUUCCACAGCAACAGAAGUUAUAUUAUCUGUGUAGAAAUUUACUGGGUUUCUGUAUGAGUAAAGAAAAAAAUGCCUAAAUCUUGCUUUCAGUUCAUUGUUUAAGGACUUUGUCUUUCACUGUCUGUUACCUUUACAUUUUAUGUUUUAUGUUCAAUAUCAGUUGUUUCAAUUUGUCCACAAUAUCGACACAUUUACCAGUAUGUUAUCAUAUGACAUUGUAAUUUCCGGAUUUAGUAAAUUUAGGGAAAAUUGGAAAGUUAAAAUAAUUUCAAAUUGAGUGCUUAAUAGUUAUCACAGUGUUCACAUAAGUCUUUGAAAGAGCCCAGUCAGAUUCUAACUCAAGAUUUGUCUAAGAAUCGAGUGGGGUGUUAAUGCUGACCAGAGAAAAAAAAAGAUGUUUUCUGUUCUUACACAUUUACCAUUUUAAGAAAAUUGUAUAUAGUUAUUAUAUGACCAAUGUUCAACAGAUACUCUCCAUUUAAACUUGCUCACCAACUUCGAAUGUUCACAAGCAGGUGAGAAUAUCCUUAUUUUUAACACUGGAUACAGUAGAGAGAGAAAAAAGAUUCACCCAAAAGCGAUGAUGCUGGACACAAUUGAUGCUUCCUUUGCAACAAGUGUAAAUCCUGAUCAGCCUACACAUCUGUGCAGUCUGAUCAUGAUCUGCACUGUUCGCCAUUCAGUCAGUAUCUUUUUGGUAUGCACCCGUUUUAACAGUUAAUGGUACUGUCCAAAUUGAAAGAUGGACAAGUUCAUUAUAGAAAUAUAGCAGGGCAAGGGUUAACUUAAAAUAGAAUUCUGUAUAGAGAAGUUCAGUUAUUCUUAUACAGUAACUACUAAUUUGCAGGGUUGCAUUUAGAAGAAACAACAAGACCUGCAUAUUUUUAUUUUGCUUGUAAAUACAAAAUAUUUUCUUCGACAGUUCUACUCUCACUUUUAUUUCAUUUUCAAGGAAUAGUGUUAAGGGAUAGUAAUAAUGGGAGCCUGUCCCAGUUUUAAACAGAAGUAAAUUGAUGUUAACAAAUACAGCCAUGUAAAGCUUGAAAACUGUUUAAAUUAGGCUACAAGUUGUUUAUUGUAAGAAGUCCAGUGAUACAAACAUAGGGUACUCCAUUUUCAAGGUGUGCUAUUUUUUCUGUGUAUGUUCCUUUAAUAAUAUUUUUCUGUCCAUUUUGAAUGAAAGAUGGUCAGACUUGUGCCAAGUUGUAUUACACAGAAAAAUGAUUUGCAUAAAAAGGGUUACAUGAUUGCAGUGGUGAAAUAGAACUCCAAAAACAACUUGGAAAAAAAGAAUCACUUAAUUGGUCAAAUUUACCAAGUUGGGUUUGACAGUAAAUUUUCAAGAUACAAGUAAAACCUCUCCACUAGCCUCCAUUAUUUGUGAUUUUUAAUGAUGCCAUGAAGUUUUAUAUGUUUAAAUCAGUAUGUGUUUAAAACACAAAUUUCUUCAUGUUGUGUAAUUUAGCUGUAGAGUAAAUACCGGUACAAGUCCAGGUUUGAUACGAGUAAGUGAUUAGUUUUGUAAUCGUAACAUUUCAUUUUCUAGGACUUUCGAAGUCUGUUUGAAUUUGAUCCGGAAUGUGUUGAAGAGAGUGUUUUAAGUGUCAUAGUUACCACAGUUGGACAUUAUUUGAAUUCCUUACAAAUUUGGAGCUUAUGUAAUGGACUUCUUGUUGAGUUGUUGUGAUAAAAUGAAUAGUUUUGUUAUACUAAAUAUUACAAAUGUUGCCAAGUUUUUGUGUUGUGUGGGUGUACAAAAUGGUCGUUUUCUUUCAGAUUUUACAAAUUUUAAUGAACAUCUAUAAAUACGUUAAAAGUUGUUUACACAGUGAACAUGUGUUAAAAAUUGUUUACACGAUGAAUAUGUCGAAAUAUAUUUUACACAAUUAUUUGCUGAUACAAUGUGUUGAGAUACAGAAUGUAAAAAUGGUUUUUGUCAGGGAAAGGUAUGGUGUUACACAAAAUGUGCUGUCCAAUCCUUGAGAGACUUGUUCCUUUAAAUGGCAUUUCCCUAAUAUUUUUUUAUUGGGCCAAGUAUAUUUAUUGAUUAUAUUCUUGGGCAACAAAAACAGAAGCAUGUCAUUGUAAAACCGUUAGGUGUUUAAAUGGCCUAUAUUGCACUUAGCUCGAGAGCUUUUCUGUACAAAGCUUUUUUUUCUUUCAUUAAUAAUGCUUUCAGAUAAGCUUGUAUUUGCUAGAUCAAGCGUGACAAAAUUUUUUGCUUCAAGCAUUUUACGCCAAAAAGGUAUUGAAAUAUUUUUUGUUGCCAGAGCAAUUUUUAAUCAAUAAUUACUGAUGGCCCUGUGUAUUGCAUCGUUUCAUUUUACACAUAGUGAAAUUCCUUGAUUCUCAGGACGGUAUGCAGUUGCUCCAUUUUUGUGCUCAUUAUAUGUAAGGUUUUAUGUUUACAGCUUGAAUGAGGUUAAUAGAUCAGUGCCUGUGUUCUCUUUGAAAUCUGUGUAGCUGCUACUAAUGGCAGUAAUCAUUUUGGAAUUUUAUACAUGUGUUUUUCUUUUCCUUGUUUGUGUUUGACAUGUGCUUUGUUGAUGAAAGGUUUUCAUUUAUCCAUCACAAAUAUCAUGUAAAUAAUUAUUUAUGUAAAAAUUCAUUUUCUAUUUUGUGAAAAAAAUUUGAUUGAAUGAAUUACUACCCAUCUCAGCUUAUUUAUCGUGUUAUGUUGAAUUUAGUUUUCACAAUACUUCAAAUCAGAUCAUUCUUUCUGACAAUUUGACAAAGAAAAAUAGUUUAUAUUCUCCCUAUUCAAAUCAACAUUAAAGCUCUUCCUUGAAUUUGUUGAUAAAAAAAAAAAUAAAUAAAUAAAACACUUUGAAUUAAGAAAAGGUGGUUUGUUAUUGUUUCCAUGGCAACCAAACCUUGGGUCCUCAGAUGUUUUAUGUUGAAGUGCAGCAUUCACUCACAAGUAAACAUCUAUUUUUCGAAAAAGAAUCCUUUUUUCAUAGAAAAUUUUAGAGAAAAGCGUUUAAAAGUUUUAAAUGUAUGAACUUGUCAAGUGGGAGGAGUUUCAGUUCAGUACAAUCUGUGUUAAUGCUACUCUUGUUUCACAUUCCUAGAUGUAGUGGUUUUUUUUGUCUUUUGUGAAUGUGCUCACACCCUCUUCAUUUAGGCUCGAGAACUACGACAGUCAGUAUGUGUAAUUUCGAUCAAAUAUUCUUUAAAGCAUUUGAUAAAAAAAAGCUUUUUGUGUUUAUUUUUUGUUGCAAAUACUGUUUCCACUAUUUUGUUAUAUAUUUUUUUUUCAAAGUCAAUAAACUUAGAUCUAGACACUACAGUAACUGUAAAAAAAUAUAAAUAGGAGUACUAAUCUGGUUUCCGGAAGUACUUAGGGUUUUCCAGAACUGUUAAAGCUUGAAAUUUGCUGUAUGAUCUUAGGACGGAAAACCAACAGAAAAAUAUCAAAUACACCAAUACAAGUUUAUUUGUAAAUUGUUGUGUGUUUUCUGCCUAGCGUCUCGUCGGUCCUAUUUGCCAUAUAAAUACAAUAGUCUAUUGUUGUUACUUAGAACUGUUUGCUCAAAAGCUUUAAAGAACAUUUGGUAUUUUCUGAAAGUUUUGCCAUUCUUCUUUUUACCAUUAUUGAAAUUGAUGCCGAUUCAGAAAUUUUGAAGAUUUAAAAAGUUUAAAAUCUUUUAAGUUAUGAAAUACCACGAUUUGUUCUGGUACAUUUUAUUGUGAAGUUGAAUUAUGGGAAAUGAAUAGUUGAUGUAAUGGAAAGAUCUAUAUUGUAAAAAAAAAAACUACGUAAAAAGAAAUAAAUUUCUAUCGAAAAGAACAAAGAAGUGUUUUCAUUAUUUUACAUCUGUGUAAUGGUUAUCGGUUUUUCCCGUUCCAUUAAGAUUUCUCCAUAUAUGAUAUCAGCAUUUUCUUGAAUAUCAAAAUAACUGGUGAGAAUACGAAAAUGUGGAUAGAAAUUUCAGAAUGCCUUUGCUGGGACAAUGCCUUAAACAAUUUUCAGCUAAACUAUACAAAGAAUAGGUCUCAGCAUCCCGAUUUGGUUAGGUCUUGUAUGUUACCUGGUUUUGUUGUAUCCGCUAAUGGGAAUAGACUAAAACUUAAUUCACUUGAUUGGAGCUGCAGUGCAAAGGUUCCAUAACUCUGACUUGCACUUUUACAAAGUUUUGUUUGUAAGUUUAACCAUAUGUAGGAAUGGGCAGUAAACAAUGGAAAUGGAUUUAAACUGAACACACUUGUUUAGUGUGAUGUUAUGACAUGCAGGGGGCAGGUCCCAUAGCUUUGUUUUGCUUCUUCACAAAGUUAUGCCCCUUCUUCAACUUGGCAAUAUCCUUUGUGUAAUCUGUUUUGUCAUGAAGGGAAAAGAUUUACGACUCAAAUUUGCGUGAUUUUAACUUGAUUAUGGCAAUGAUUUCAUUAUUUACUAUUUUUACCGACAAGGCUUUUGAAUAGUUGAGCAUUGCUGUCCUCUGACAUCUCUUGUAUUAUUAUAAAAUUAAUGUAUGUGACAUUUGAAGAUAAAGAUCACCUUACUAGAUUAUAAUUGGUAUUAGAGAAAUGCCAUUGCUUAAGGUAAUGAACCUGUAUUGGCAAUUUUUGUUUCAUUACAUAUUCCCAUAUUCCAUUUGGUUUGAUAUUGCACUGGUUUCUAGCAGUUAAGUAUUUACAUUGUGGCCACCUAGGGUAAAAAGAUUUUCAUGUCUGGUUAGACUAAGAAUAAGUAGUUUAUAAAACAGGUCAAUUAUUGGAUUUAUAAGUGACCCUCCACGGAUAUUUGGUGGGUCAUAAUGAUAAACGCAGCCCCCACUCCACUUCCUUUGCUUAUACCAAAUACAGUUGAAACUCGUUUAUCUCCAAAUUCUGGCUAUCUCGAAGACAUUUUCAAGUUGCAUCUCAAAAAUAUAUGCACAAAAAAUCAUUCUAAGUAAAUUAUUGGUUAUCUUGAAGUAAAAUGCCCGAUACAAGGAAUUCAAGAUAGUUUUAAACUGUGUUUCCAUGAAGUGUCGGUAACAAGCCCGAUAAUAGAAACUGGCAUUCUUCAGCUUGUGGUACAGCUAAUACAAACACUGUGCUCCCCUUAGCUACUGGAGAAUGACAGAUUUGCAUAUGGAGAAUAUGAAUGCAAACUGUUGCCAAUUGUUGUUACCGGUCCAGUUCCCGCCCGCCCACUCCUCAAACAUUGACACUUUGAAAUGUGUUUAUUUGAUGAUGCAACAGGUUCCACGAUCAGUAUCAUUUGUAUAGUGUACAAGAAUUUGUUUAAUGCAUAGUUGAAUAAAAAGAAUAGAUAUAAAAUAGAUUCCUCUGAAAUUUUAAUAGAAUUAUCACUUUCCCUUAAAAUUUACCUGUAAGUGAUUUAAUGUUGAAUGAAAGAUACCUUAAUAAAUGUAAGGUUGAGUUGGUGAAUGAAUGAAUUUGAACAAUGUUUUAAUUUGAAAAUGUAACUAUCAAACUGUUACCGCAUAAUCUAGGUGGAAGGUGAACAAAUUUUAUGUUGAAAAUGGAAAACUGUACUAAGUGAAAGCAGUGAAAUGUUGAGAAUGCAGAGCAGUUGUUAAAGAAUUCCCGGAUAUAAGUUUAAAAAGAUGAAAAUGAAUUUAUUAGGCCAGCAGAGAAUAUAUUGUAAUGUUAAGCACUUGCUGAUGAGUGUUAGCACCAGUAGGCAGUGCUCUGAUAAAGUUUUGCUUUCCUUCCCAAUUAGCUUGUUUGAUGGGUUCUUGCUUACAGUUAUGAUGAUGUACAUGUAACAAAUGUAUUUUUAGUUUGUGAACCUUUAUAAAUAUGAUCUCAAUAUUAUACACCUGUAUGUUUCAUUUGUAUAAAAGCAUGUUUGCUCAGUG